UGACCCAUGACCACCCCCAGAUGAAUGAAUUGUCCUGGAAAGAUGUGAGCAAUGCCUUGUCCCUGAUCAACAUGGUCCUGGGGCUCUUCUCCAUCUUCUGCAGCUUCAGCAGGAAAUCCUACUGUGCCUCCUGGAUGCUUCUGGUCAGCUUCCUGUUAGACAUGGCAGUCAGGGCAAUGGCAAGACAACUCCAGCUCUGUUCCAAAUCAGGAGCCGAGCUGAAUGACUUCGCUGUCUUUACCACCUUUGGCCUGGCCUCAGCCCUGCUCCUAGGUGUGGAUGGGUUUCUAAAUGGGUUUCUCACAGUCAUCUAUGUGUCAGCAGCUUCUCUUCGCCUGUGCUUUUAUUCAACUGGAGUCCCUUUCACAUACAAGGGUCUACCAUGCCCCUACGCUUCCUGUGUUUUGGCUUCCACCUCCCUUCUGACCAAAGGCAACUCAUUAAUUCUCUGUUGUAUGGCCUCACUCAUGAUUCUGUUCAUGAUGGACCAGAGCUACUACCCGAAUGAUGAAAUCCUGGAGUCUGAGAACUGGAAAAAGGUGGUUUAUUUGGGAGGUGUCAUCAUGUUGUUUUUCUCCCCACAUUCUCUAACUGCCUUCUACUGCCUGAUGUGGUCACUCUCCUACAUCUUCUUUCCGGGUGUUCUGUGGGGCAAGGCAGCCUGUCUUAGGCUACAAUACCGAGUAUGCUAA